UAACCAGAAAACCAGGAAACCAUAUUUUAUGCCAUAUAUGAGUCUUGAAGCUGUAACAAGAGGACUGGCAAAUGGUGAUUUGGUUAAGGGAUCACUUCGCGUUAAUCAACGCAAUUAUGAGGAGUCUUAUGUGGACAAUCCGGACGGUGAUGACCAGCUUGAUCUUCUCAUUCUCGGAGUGCAUGAUCGUAAUCGUGCUUUACAUGGAGAUGUUGUCGUAGUGCGUGUUAAAGAGAGAAUGAACUGGGUGAUUCGUGAAAAUCUCUAUCAAGCAUGGCGUGCCGGACAUCUAAAUGUUUCAAGGGAGGAUAAUGGUCAGCCGAUUACGAUCCCGCCAGUCGCAGCUCCGAAGCCGGAUGAUCUAAUCGAGGUACCUAUUGGUGGGCUUACUGACCAACAUAUUCGAAAAGCCAAUCUAAGUCUUACAAUACCUCCAAACAAGGACAAGAAGUACAGCAGGCAAGCAAUGGUCAUAAUUGGAGCGCAGCUUGAGCUGGCUCGUCGAGAAUGCAUGAUGAAGCAAACAUCUGAACCAAUUAUUCAUCCCAGCCUUCCAUCUCCUGAAAUUCAAAAAGUCAUCGAUUCACUAUCGAUAGGACGAAUAGGAGAUUUGGCGACAUCUGCGAGUACCCAGUUAGCCAGAAAAAUCCUGAAUGUGCCUAAGCGCACACAGAGUACUUCUACUGGAAAACGAUCAGCAUAUAGAACUUUGUCGGAAAUGCCGGAUGAGGAUUGGGGUGUGCCAGAUGUGUGCUUACAGAAAACUGCUGAGGUGAUGUAUAUUAUGGAAAUGAAGAACUGCCGUGCAGCUAUGGGGCAGCUAAAAGUGAUGACGGAUGGUAACCGUAACUGGGCAUUAUUUUCUCCGACUGACUCUCGCAUGCCGAGAAUGAUGAUUCCGGCUGAUCAGUUACCGUCUGGAUUCUUUGAGAGACCACAGGUA